CAACGGGAGGUUCUGAACCUGUUUUGGCUCUGUCCCAAAAUCCCGGAAUUUGGGGUGAAUUUGGGAACACUUUGGGUCUGAGGUAAUUAUUUAAUGCAAUGGGAGGUUCUGAACCUGUUCUGGCUCUAUACCAAAGUCCUGGAAUUUGGGGUGAAUUUGGAAACACUUUGGGCCUGAGGUAAUUAAUUGAACAAAGUAACGGGAGGUUCUGAACCUGUUUUGGCUCUGUCCCAAAAUCCUGGAAUUUGGGGCAAAUUUGGGACUGCUUUGCCUCUGCAAAGUGAAUUAAAUUAAACGACCCAGCGGGACGUUCUGAUUUUGGCGGCGUGAUUUCCUGCCUCCCCCCAUCGCCUCCCAUUCCUGGCGCCCUGGAGGGGCCGUGGGGGCCCUGGUGGUGUCCCCACUGUGUCCUUUGCGUGUCACUGUGUCCUCGUGUCCCCAGUUCUGUCCCACCAAGGCCGAGGCGCGCCGGAGCGCGGCCAAGAUCGCGCUGAUGAACUCGGUGUUCAACGAGCACCCCUCGCGCCGCAUCACCGACGACUUCAUCGAGAAGAGCGUCUCCGAGGCCCUGGCGUCCUUCAACGGCAACCGAGAAGAGGCAGAUAAUCCCAACACUGGGAUCGGUGCCUUCCGCUUCAUGCUGGAGUCCAACAAGGGGAAAUCCAUGCUGGAAUUCCAGGAGCUGAUGACAGUUUUCCAGCUGCUGCACUGGAACGGGAGCCUGAAGGCCAUGAGGGAACGUCAGUGCUCACGCCAGGAGGUCCUGGCUCACUACUCCCACCGUGCUCUGGACGAUGACAUCCGAAACCAGAUGGCCCUGGACUGGGUGAACCGGGAGCAGAACAUUCCAGGAGCCCUUUCCCGGGAGCUGGCGGCCACCGAGCGCGAGCUGGACGAGGCCCGGCUGGCCGGGAAGGAGCUGAGGUUCCACAAGGAGAAGAAGGACAUCCUGCUGCUGGCAGCUGGCCAGCUGGGCUCAGCACACUCCUCUGGCUGCUGAACCCCAAAAUCCCACCCCAGCCGACCCCAAAACCCUUCCCCAGUCCCGGCCCGUUUGCACGUUCGAGAGAAAUUUAGGGGAAAAGAGCUGCUCUUCAUUCUUCCAUUUCUCCUUUGAGAGCUUCUUAUUCCCUAGGGAAUUUUUGCAUUUCUCUGGUUGCUGAACCCCAAAAUCCCCACCCUGAGAUCCUCCCUGGUGAUCCCAAAACCCUUCCCCAAUCCCGGCCCGUUUGCACAUUGGAAAGAAAUUUAGGGAAAAAAUCUCCUGAAUGUAGGAAGUUUCAUUCUGGUUUUUAGAACUGCUCCUAAUUCCUUCAUUUCUCCUUUGAGAGCUUCUUAUUCCCUAGGGAAUUUUUGCAUUCCUCUGUUGCUGAACCCCAAAAUCCCACCCCAGCUGAUCCCAAAACCCUUCCCAAUCCCAGCCCAUUUGCACAUUUGAGAGAAAUUUAGGAAAAAAAAGCUCCUGAUUAGGUUUUAUCAAGUUUCAUCCUGGUUUUUAGAGCUGCUCUUCAUUCCCUCAUUACUCCUUUGAGAGCUUCUUAUCCCCUAGGGAAUUUUUGCAUUCCUCUGGUUGCUGAACCCCAAAAUCCCCACCCUGAGAUCCUCUCUGGUGAUCCCAAAACCCUUCCCCAAUCCUGGCCCGUUUGCACAUUUGAAAAAUUUAGGGAAAAAAGCUCCUGAUUUAAGUUUUAUCAAGUUUUAUCCUGAUUUUUGGAGCUGCUCCUCACUCCUCCCUUCAGAACUCCUUAUUCCCUAGGGAAUUUUUAUUCCCUCAUUCCCCACAGAUUUUUUUUUUUCCCUUUCCCUUAUUUUUGGGGUUCAAAACAAAACCCAUUGGAUCCCCUCCCUCCUGCAGCAAAAAGGGACCAAUUAAAGCUCCUUGAUGAGCUCCUUAAUUAAAUGAGCGGAUGCCAACGCCUGCAAUAUCCAGAUUUAAUUUUGGAAUUAAAUCUGGGGUCAGCCUGCAGCAUUCCAGUCCCAAGCACAGCAGGAUCUGCAGUUCCCCCCUGGAAUUGCCCUUUCUGUGCCCAAAAAUCAGCAUUGGAAGGCUUUUUCCCAAGAAAAAUCUUGGAAAGUUGGUGGGUGAGGGAGGGAUUUGCACUAAUCGUUCCUUAUCCCUUGUAUCCAUAUGGAAUUUAGAUUAUAUUUACCUUUAAAUCCCCUUUUAUGGCAUGGAAUUCUUCAAACAGCUCCCCAGAAAAUGUCGGUUUAUCCAUGGAAAUUCCCAUUUUGCUCCCCUUCUCCCCCCAGCAAUACAAACUGAAUUCCAAGCCAGAAUUCCGUUUUUUCACCCCAGAUUUUUAGAGCUUUUCCCACUUUUUAUCCCCUGCAGAUUCCACUGUUCCCACCCUCCUCCUUCGCUCUGCCUGACCCCACAGGAUAUUCCAGCAAUAAUCAUUAUUUUAGGAUAAAAUUGGAAUAAUUCCAUUAUCUGUAGGUACCCCAUUUUUUAUAUCCACAUCCUAACAAGCCUAUUUUGGGGGUUUAUAUAUUUUUUUAUACUUUCUACAAACACUAUUAACAUUUGAUGUCGCUAGAAAUUGAAUUUUAAAAGGGAUUUUUUGGGGGGUGGGGAGGGUUGUGGGGUGUAAUUUCUUGAAAUAUGGGGAGGAAAUUUGAUUUAGGAUUUGUUUAAAUAAAAGAUUUAAAUAAGGGAGGACUUUGGGAGUUCCCAUCGCCCUGGAAGGAAAAAUAAAAAUAAAAGGGAAGAAAAAAAAAUUAAAAUAAAAUAUUCCAUUGCUUCCAGGAUGGUUUGGAUGUUCCAGGUGUAAAAUGGUGUAAAAUGAACAAAAUUCAAAUUUUCUCAGUUGUGCUCCUUGUUGAGGCGAUGGAAUUAUGGGAUAAAUGCUGCUGUGGAUUUUAUACAAUAAACCCAGCGAUUUUGGUUAA